AUCAGUGUUUGCGCUAACCGGCUGACUAAUUGCAGGCCCCAGUGACGUUCGAGGACGUGGCCGUCUACUUCUCCCCGGAGGAGUGGGCAGAGCUGGUGGACUGGCAGCGGGACCUGUAUCGCGACGUGAUGAUGGAGAACCACGAGCUGAUCGCCUCGCUGGGCCCCAAGCUGAAGCCGUCAGUGAAGAGAGCCAAGCGGGAGAAGGCGCCGCGUGCCUGGGACCACCAGUACUCCAGAAUGACGGACCUGAUGCCCCCAGGACAGGGAAACAGCCCCCAUGGAGAGGCGCCGGUGACGUUCGAGGACGUGGCGGUCUACCUCACCACGGAGGAGUGGAAGGAGCUGGUGGACUGGCAGCGGGAGCUCUACCAGGACGUCAUGAAGGAGAACUACGAGCUGGCCACCUCCAUGGAGGCAGUGCUGGAGAAGCCGGAGAUCGUGGCCAGGCUGGAGCGAGGGGAGGAGCCGUACGUCGCAGAUCCGCUGGACUCAAGAAAGGGAUGCUGGGCCGGUUCCCCCAGCACGGGCGGUGACAAAGACGAGGGAAGGUGCGAGGAGGAAGAGACCGUGGGGCUGGAGCCCAGCAAGAUGCACGCGUGGCAGGACCCGGAGAGAGCGGCUAGGAUGGGGGUCGGCAUGAGCCACAGUCAGUGCAGAGGGCACCGGGCUCUAGGGAGCCCCAUGGGGAAGGGGCCCGAGGGAGCCCUGCCAGGCCACAGGAGCAUUGGGGCCUGGCCCCCCAGCACCGAGCACCAGGGCACUGGCACCCCAGGGACUCUGCACCCAGCGCCCAAGAGCAACGGAGGCUGCAUGGGGACAGAGACGCUAGCCCUGAGCCCUGCCGCCAUGGGACCGUGCACCGUCCCCAGGCACCAGUGCCGGGAGUGCGGGCAGGGCUUGGAGAGCUGGGCCCAGCUGGCCGAGCACCGGCGCCUGCACGCGGGGGUGGGCGGCCUGGCCUGCGGGGACUGUGGCAAAGCCUUCAGCAGCAAGGGCAACCUGGCACGGCACCGGCAGCUGCACACGGGGGAGAAGCGGCACGGCUGCGGGGAGUGCGGGCGCCGCUUUCGCACGCGCCAGGCCUGCCUGUCGCACCAGCGUGUGCACUCGGGAGAGAAGCCCUUCACCUGCCCCGACUGCCCCAAGAGCUUCGCCCGCAAAGAGAACCUGGUGCGGCACCGCAGCACCCACACACCGCGCCCGCCCCACGCCUGCCCGGACUGCGGGAAGAGCUACGUGCACGAGGGCAACCUGGUGCGGCACCGCGACACCCACGUGCCCACCUUGCCUGAUGCUGGCCGUGGCAGGGGCCAUGCAGAUACCGGCGUGGCGCUGCCCUGUGCUUGCACCCACUGCAAUACAGGCUUUGCUUGGAAAGCCGAGCUCACAGCCCCGCUCUCGGGCCCUGCCGGGGAGCCGCCCAUUGCCAGCCGCGACAGCCUUGCCAACCCGGCGCGGUACUGGCAGAUGCACGUGGCCGACACCAUCCACGGCGCCACGUUCAGCGAGUUCCUCCAGAUCCAUGAGAUGCUCAUCUCUCGCUCUGGUACCUGCACGCCCCUGGGGGCCCUUACCAAGUACAAGUGAAGCCGUCCACGGGGCUACAUCCUGCUGUCCACAGAGC